UUGACUUGAGAAAAAAGUGAGUUUUGUUUACGCCGGUUUUAUAGUCCGUAUUUCUGUAUUUCAAAAAUAUCGAAAUGGCCGAAAAAGUCGAGAAGUCUAUGGAAAUUGAUAAAAGUGUGGAGUUUUUGUACAGAACAAUGCUUGAAAGGGAUCCAAGAAAGAGGCGUGUUAAAUUGGUGCAGCCCCACCUUUUGCAGUUGGAUUUUGCUGCCCUUGGAGACAGUUCAGAUGACAGUGACUUCAAACUGAACAGUGACCUUGAGGAUGAUGAAGAGGACGACGAUGAUAACGCCAAUAAUGAUAAUAGCAGCAAAUCCAGCGAUGACAAAGAUGACGAUGACGACAAUGAUGAUGAUGAGGAUGAUAGCAGCCAUGAGAACAGUGAAUCUGAUGCAAAUAAUAAGAAGAAGAAAUCAAAGAAAAAACAAAAUGCCUCAGAGGAUGAGAAUUCUCAAGAUGAUAGAAAAAAGAAGAAAGAACAAAUCUCCAAAGAUGAGGAAGAGGAAGAAGAUGAUGAUAUGUCCAAUACUGAGAUGCAAACGAAGAGAAUCAAGGUGCCUAUAUGCUGUGUCUGCCUUGGCGACUCCAACAGCUCCGUUAAUGAGAUCAUCGAAUGUGAUGGUUGCUAUGCUCCUGUCCACGAAGGUUGUUUCGGAGUGUCAGAUUCUCAAUCAGUGUCGAGCAGCGAUUCGUCAUCAAGUAUGGAACCUUGGUUUUGCGAUGCCUGCAAGGCAGGAGUCAGACCCCACUGUGAAUUGUGUCCGAAUAAAGGGGGAAUCUUCAAGGAAACAGAUACUGGAAGGUGGGUGCACUUACUAUGCGCCCUCUACACCCCUGGAAUGGCAUUUGGGGAUGUCGAGAAACUCAACAACGUCACCCUCUUCGAAAUGCCAUUUGCAAAAUGGGGUGCCAAGGGUGCACAGAGGGCAGGCUACUUGAAUGAGGCAUCACCAGAUGAGGAAAUAGCAGACCCCUAUUAUGCCUACUGCAAGCAGCACGCGGAUCGCAACUCGACCCGACACCACCACCGCAACUGGCUAGCUCUCCAGUCGAACCUCAAACAGACUGCUAUCGAGCGAGAACUCAACACUGUGGAAAAGAGUCGCAUGCAGAGGAAAUUGUUGAGUCACCAAUCCAAGUACAAGCUGACGAAAUCUCUCAAGCCCCCGUGUUGGGUGCCCAAGGAGAAGGUUCCGAAGAUGCUGUUGAGUAAUGCAUACGUUCUGAAGCAGCUGUUGAGAAAGGCUGAGAUACUGGGCGUCACUGAUGAUGCAGGAAGUGUGGAGUCAAGAAAGAAGGGCUACUCAGCUCCAGCAUUCAACGUCGACUUCAUCAGCUACUAUUUGGAGCGGAAUGAAGCAAUUGAUUCAAUGAGGUUGAAGUCUGGCGAGAUGGAGAAACAGAAGAAGGAGCUUCAGAGGGAGGAAAAGUCACUGACCGCCAAAUAUGAUGAUUUGAAGCUAGAGUUAGCAGGCCUUCAAUCGUCGAGCAUUCAAAUUCAGCAAAAAGGACUCCGACUUUGGGAUUACAUUAUGUUCCUCUCUGGCAAGAGGCUUAGAAUUCCUGAGAGUGUCAGUUUCAGGAACCUGCCCAUGUCAUCACCGGCCAAUAAGGAUGCUUCAAAAUCAGCUGGUACUUCUGGACCAUUACAAUGUUGUGCGUCAUGCAUGAAGCAGCAUGACCAACACCUACUGGCCAAAUGUGACAAAUGUAAUUCGCACUAUCACUUAUCCUGUCUCGAUCCUCCGCUAUCUCGAAUGCCGAAAAAGACCAAACUCCAAGGAUGGCAUUGCUCCAUGUGUUCGAAAGAUUCAGCAAACGAAGGUAACGAAAUUGAAUCAGAUAACCUCGACCCAAACGACAACACGGUGAAUUUGACUGCUACCACAACAACUACAGCUGCAACUACAAUGAACUCUGAUGCCGCUGCUGAAGAUGGUGCCAACACUAACCAGCGCAGGCUUAGAAAGAAAUCUCUCAUCAAGGAACCAUUGAAAUAUACGACACAGUUUGCUCAGAAACUUCGAGAUUGGAGGGAGCACAAGUACAGAAGAAGGCAGAAAAGCUCCAACAAGAGUCACAACAACAAAAGCAAUCAACUCACAUCUCCCAAGGUCUCAAGCCAAAUCCAGCCACCAAGAAAGAAUAAUAAUAGUAAUAAAAAUAACGGCAAAAAUAAUAAAAGAGCGGCAAACACCCCAUUAUCGAUAUCCUCAUCAGAUAGUAACAACAGCCAGGCUGAAGAUGACGUGGUGGGUGAAGAUGAGGAUGACGUUGAGAGAAAUGGAAACAGAGAAAAACCACGAAGCAACAAAAGAAUAAAACUACGACAGCCACCAAACAUCACCACUGUCAUUCGCAAUACCAGCACCGCAAAUGCUCCCACCGGAAUUAAAAUAACUUUCACUCCACCUAAAUUCUGUGGUAGUGGCAGUAGUGCCGUUAGUAAAAUAGAACAUCUUCCUGGUACAAAUAUAGCCAGUUCUGGAAAAUUAUCAAACUCACAAUUUCAGACAUCUAUAUUAAGUAGCAUCUGUAGCGGUAGCGGUAGCGGUAACAUCGUCAUAAACGCUGCAGACAGUAGCAUUAAAAAAAGUCCAACUGCCGGCUCUCGCGUUAACCCUGUUGUCGUUGUGAAAAAAUCUCCCCAACUGACUUUAAAUAACGAGAGCUGCAACGGCUCCAGCGCCAGAAACCUCAGCGCCGACCUCACUGACGCUGCGACAAACCUCGCGUUAAAACCCACGAAAAAAAUACCAAUCGUACUAAGAAAGAAAAUUCAUUUAAUAAAUAAUAACGACAAUAACAAUGACAAGAAUUAUUGCGACGGUAACAACGAUGGUAAUAACGAAAUCGCCGAAAAUAACAAUAUGACGUCACAAUCGACGCCAGUUGCCGCACUGGCUGAGGAAAAUGAUCAAACUACCCGCGAUGACGAUGACAAUGAAGAUGAUGGGGAUGAUGACAUCAUCGAUGAUGAUCAAUUAAUUGAAAUAACCGACUCCGAGUGAGGUGUCUAUUAUUGUAUAUAUUUGAAAUAUUCGACAGAUCUCAAAUUUUAUAUUCAUAAUUUCAAAGAUUUAGUAAUUAUUAUAGAACAUUUUAUUUUUUACGGUUGUUUUAUUUUCUUUAUUUGAUGUUUACAAAAUAAAAUGUUUAUAAUUAAUCAUUAUACAUUAUAAUAAACUGCUCGUAUAAUGAACACUAAAAAUACCUUAUUAAACUGCCAGUCGUUUUAAAAAAUUAUGGAUUGAAACUUUAUAGUUAUCCCAUAAACAACUUUUUGGAAGCCUUAUUCAAUAAGUUUUAACCUAUUAGAUUCUACAGUUAGAAUU